CGUGUAUGGCCACCUUUAGCAGACCCGUGUGGGUAUCCGGUCAAUUAGGCCAGUCCGGGAUUUGUUUUAAUAUCAGCUCUGGUUUUGGAGCCAAGUCCCUGGGGAGGACCGAAUGCCCAUCUGGGAUAACCAUCCAGUUGUUGCGCAAUGCCCGUAACCGUAACCCCAAUGACCUUUGUGUCUCAUUAACUGGGCCCUAUUACUUUUUGUGCGGCCAGGCUGCCUAUAGAGUCGUUCCCCUGAAUACUAGAGGGUCAUGCUCCUUAGUCAGGUUAGUCCCUGCCUCCUACAUUGCCGACGGUCACAAGGACUUGAUGGUGCAAAGGAGGGUAAGUGUGGGAAGAAGGACCAGGAGAGAGCUAUUCUCCGUAGGGGACCGUGCAUGGGCAUGGUUUCCGGCAUGGACCGGAUGGGGUAUAGAACUUAUGAAGCGGCUAAAUAAUUUUUCCAUCAUAAUGGACGAGAUGUUUAAUGAGACAGUCGAAGCCAUGAGAGAAAUUUCUUCUGAACAACGACAGCUGAAGACCCUUAUGCUUCAGGAGAAAAUGGCUCUCGACUAUCUUUUAGCAUCAAAGGGGGGUUUCUGUGAGUUCAUCGGGGAGGAUUGCUGUACCUGGGUGGAAGAUACUGGGGACAAGGUUCAGGCCCAUCUUGACAAGGUGAAAGCGUUACAGGGACAAGCACGCGCUAUUGCAGAGGAGGGUUGGAACCCCUUUAAAGGUUUAGGGGGCUUCGGUGAUAUGUUGUUUUCUAUUGGAUCAUGGCUUAAAGAAGUUGGAGUGUAUGUCCUGCUCUGAUUUCUUUUCCUCCUCUAUGUGACGGCGAGAAUGACCUGUUGUUUGGUGAACCAAGUUGCAAAGAGCCGUGCAGAGGACCAUGUGAUGAUUCCAUAAAGAGCCAUCGCCUGAAGCAUCCGGAACCCUUUACCUCAGG